AUGUGUGCUUUGAAACGAGGAGCAAACUGGACCACACAAGAGGACGAAGCGCUGUGUAUUGCGUGGCUGAACACAUCGCAAGAUGCAAGUGUCGGCAUCAAUCAGCGAGCGACAACUUUGUAUGAUCGCGUGUAUCAACAUUUCCUCGCAAUAUGCACUGAGAAGCAAAUUCCCGGUAAUCCAGAUCUACGUGCCCCCAAAGGCAUAGAAGUCAGAUGGCAUUACAUCAGCAAGAUGGUCAGCAAAUUCGCUGGCUGUCUUGCACAAAUUGAGAAUCGUUGUCAAAGUGGUGCUUCUCCGGAAGAUAUGCUGAAACUGGCGAUUGCAUUAUUCUCAAACAAGGAGAAAACCGCUUUUGCACUAAUGCAUUGCUACAUGAUUCUGCAAAGUGCACCGAAAUGGCAACAAUACCAUUCUGUAAAGACGUCUCCUAAUCCCAAAAGAGCCGCAACAGAAUCCGUCGAUUUGGCCCAACACGAAACAAGUGUUACAGAUGCUGUGCCUUCAUGUUCCAGUCGCCCGAUCCGGCAGAAGGCCAGUAAAGUUCAAAAGUUGUGUAAAGAAAAUCGCGCAGGAGUUGAAAUGGCCAAGGCUAGCUAUCUGUUGGCUUCUGCUGCGAAAGAAAGACUUGCCUACAGCAAACAAAAGACACUAGCCUUAAGUAGAAUUGCUAACCAUUCUAUUAUGUCAAUGAAGUUGGAUUGUUUGAACGAGACUGCAAAAGAGUAUUACUUGCUGGAGCAGCGAAGAAUUCUGAGUGAAACCAGGGAAUCAGCCUGUAACGAACUGGAAGCAAGACCGGAAACUCUAGAUAAUGACGAGAAGGUGGAUGUGGCCGAAGAUGUUGCUGGUACGGUAGGAGAUACUGAUACUGACGACUGUAUAGAGUAUGAUCCGGAUAUGACAGCAGAAUACACGACAGAAUUCUUGGAAGGGAUCGAUUCCAACGAUGAUUCUUAG